UCGUAUGUUGUUGGCGUUCAUUCAAACAUCUUUUUACCUUUGUACCUAAACAUAUUAUCAUUCAUAUAUGUAGGAAGUAAUUGUUUAUUCGUAACAUCACCUGAGAUGUCGAUGAAAUGUUCGACAGAUAAAGAGAAGAAGAAGAAGGAGAGCAUCUUUGACUUGUCGAAAUACAUCGACAAGCCGAUUCGUGUGAAGUUCCAAGGAGGACGAGAAGCCAGCGGUGUCCUGAAAGGUUUUGAUCCGCUGUUGAACCUCGUGCUGGACGGAACAAUCGAGUACAUGCGUGAUCCAGAUGACCAGCUGAAGCUGACAGAAGACACCAGACAGCUGGGGCUGGUGGUCUGCAGAGGAACCUCCGUCGUGCUCAUCUGUCCUCAGGACGGCAUGGAGGCUAUACCCAACCCCUUCGUACAGCAACAGGACGGCUAACACUGUCACACACACACAGCCAUGCACACACUUGAACAUUUUGUGGAGUCUUUUAGUUUUUAAUGACUGUAAUAAGCUUCUGACAAAGCACAUUUCUGUUAAAAAUCAUAAGUUGAUGAGCGAAAGGACACUUGGAAGCACUUCACGUUUGUGUCUGUGCAGAGAUCUAAGUUGUAAAGAGCCCGCUCUGUUUGGGAAGUGUUAACGGAAUCUUUUUUUUUUUAUCCACAAUAAGAAACUUUUUACUAUUCUUUGUUGUUUUUUGGUAAUAAAAUGAAAAAUGUAUUAAA